CAACUGUUAGGCUUCAGAAUGGAAAAGGCUCUGGAAAGUACUAGAACACUGUAUUUAAGUAGGAUCUCUGCUGUCCUCUCUUACUGAGCCCCAGGGUCUUUUUUUCAUACAGUGAUCAUACCUGUCCUAUYCUUGUGAGGCCCUAUCAGUGAGAUUGGCUGAGAUUGUGAAUGCAGAAAAAUGCCCCUACCAGAGGCUCUCCCUGAAAGGGCAGGACUCCACCUCUCAUUGGCAUGGCUCUAGCCCUGCCUUAGUUGCCUGGCAACAGUUCUGUGUCUCUUGACAGAGGACACACUAUGGCAGGUGGAAGUUCAGGAGCCAAGAGGAUAGUGGUAUACCGAAAUGGGGAUCCCCACUCCCCAGGCCGCCAGCUGGUGGUGWCCCAACGCCGUUUCCCCACCAUGGAGGCCUUCUUUUAUGAGGUGACAUCAGCCGUGCAGGCCCCACUAGCUGUGCGUGCUCUCUAUACACCUUUUCAUGGCCACCCUGUCACCGACCUGGCAGAACUGCAAAAUGGAGGGCAGUAUGUGGCUGCUGGCUUCGAAAGAUUUCGCAAGCUUCAGGAGUCCCAGGUYCCUCCCUCUCACCAGGUGGUUCUUUGUCUCAGUGUGUUUAGGAAUGGGGAUCUGCUAAGUCCUCCAUUCAAUCUGAAGGUGUCCCAGGCUGCCAUUCAGGACUGGGAAACUAUGUUGAAGCUCCUGACUGACAAGGCCAAAUUACAGAAUGGGGAUGUGCAUAAACUCUGCACCCUGGAGGGGUUCACACUGUCAUCGGUGGAGGCUCUGGUGAAUGGCCAUUACUAUGUGGCUGUUGGAGAGGAUGAAUUCAAGGCCCUUCCCUAUCUGGAGCUGCUGGUGCCCAGUCCCUCCCUGCCCAGGGGCUGCUGGUAUCCUCCAGGCCUGAAGUAUAGACCYCACAGGCAGAGGGACCAGAGCCUCAGGACACAGGUCACUCUUCCCUUUCCAAAAGAACCAGCACAAAUUGAACCAUCUGUUUUCUAUGCCAGACCCCAGCAAAACAUUCAGCCAAGAAGCAAGCUCCCCACUCUCUUGUUUCCAUCAGGAGUUAAGGGAAUAUACARGGAUCCUCACCCAAGGAGGGAGACAACAGGGGCCCAAGACAUAGCAGACAAUGAAGACACCUGGACAGAGCAGCCCUUGGACCAGGUAAACUCCAGGAUCAGAAAGCCAUACUUGGAGAUGGGAGUUUAGAGCUAGAAACUGGCAGUUCUGAGUCCAGGAACAGGUCCUCCCUUUGUGACUAUAAGAUCUUCUAACAUCCUAAAGCUUGACUUUCUACCUCAUUAAACAAAGAAGCUGGGCAAGGUGGCACAUGCCUGUAAUCCCAGCAGCUCAAGAGGCUAAGG